GCAUAUGCAUGCAGAUUAUUGAACUCUGUCGGUGUUUUGAAACGAACUGUCAUGUACGACUUAGCACUAAUCUCUCCAUCACAACUUGGAGUAAUGAACCAAGAAUUGUGACCAAUCCAAUUGACAGGUGAAGACAUGAACGAUAAUCCACCUUACAGUGUGUUAUCUAAACCUAUAUUUAUCAUUUCAUAAUUGUUUAUAUUAUAUCGACAUCUGCAACCAAUUCUUAUUAAAAAUGCACUGGUUUGGAGUUUUGCUGUUUGUCGGAUUGAUUUUUGUAGCGAUAAGCUUGUGUGAAGAUGCGCCAAGGCCAAAAAUUGCAAUUGUUGGCGCAGGGAUCGGUGGUGCCUCAGCCUCACAUUUCCUCACAGAAUUACUUGACGGAAAUUUAGAAAUUGAUAUUUUUGAAGCAGAUCAAAUCGGCGGUCGUUUGGCUACUGUUAGAGUUAAUGAUGAAGAAUAUGAGGCUGGUGGAUCCAUAAUACACUCACGAAAUAAGUACAUGAAAGCUUUCCUUGAAUUGCUCGGAAUGGAAGAGAGACCUACUUCUAAGGGGAUGAGAGCAGGCGUGUGGAACGGAGGUGAGUUUGUCAUCAUGGAGAGCAAUUGGAAAAUAGUGACUAUGAUGAAGCUACUUUAUAGAUAUGGCUUACAGCCAUUUAAGCUCUACAGGCACGUUAAUACCAUUCUGGAUAGUUUUGAAAAUAUAUAUCGAUAUCAAGAUGAAGGAGUUGCGUAUGACAAUGUUCACGAUUUGAUAUCAGCUAUGAGUCCAGAAUUUCCAAAACUUCUACAAAUAUCGACAGCAGAAUAUCUCCACUCCCUAGGAUUUUCUAAAGAGAUUAUCAAUGAGCUAGUCGAAGCUACUUUAGUCGUAAAUUACGGACAGAACACAGAUGUGCACAGCUUUGUGGGUUGCGUGUCUGUUGCUGGUGCAGGAGCUGAUCUUUGGUCUGUUAAGGGAGGAAAUAAAGAAGUACCUAUACAUCUUAUAUACAGAAAUAGUAAGGUAAACUUAGUGCCUUCACAAGUUAAGGAAAUUCGGUACUUGUUAAAUAAUGAUUCCCUACCUCAGUAUGAGAUUUCAUACAAUAACGCAGGUAGCAAUAAUGUGAUGAAAAAUAUUUACGAUAUAGUCGUUAUAGCAACACCAUUGACGGAGGAUCAAAAAUACGAAAUAAAAUUUAUGGAUUUUCAAAAAAUUGAAAGCCUGCAACUCCCAGGGAAUUAUCAAACAACAGUGGCCACAUUUAUUCAAGGAGAUUUAAUACCAAGCCACUUUGGUUUGGAUGAUCCAAUAGAUGCAAUAUUAAGUUGCGAUCCAAACAAAACUGAAAUUAAUUCUGUUGGUAAAUUAUUCCCAGUGAAUGGACCAAUUGGAAAGGACUCUCAAGUUUGGAAAGUUUUCAGUAAACAUCGUCUGACUUCGCGUCAAAUUAGUUCCAUGUUUUCAAACGUCGGUCAACUGCGAGAAAUACCGUGGAAAGCAUAUCCGAAAUAUUCAACAGCUCCACGAUUGGAUAAUUUUCAACUCCAUGAUUCGCUAUACCACGUUAAUGCAAUAGAGUGGGCUGCUAGUGCAAUGGAGAUGAGUGCUAUAGGUGGAAAAAAUGUGGCAUUAUUAAUCCAUAAAAAAUUAACAUCCUGCUGCCGAGAAUCGUCUGAAAUCGACAAGCAAAAGUGUAAAUACUCGUGUGAAGAAAAGACAGUCCGGCGAAAUACACAGAAAUCAGACUUGUAAUAAGUAUUGCCUAAUUUGUUUUCGUUAUCAGAUAUAAAGAUGCUAUGAUUAUUUUUAUUAAUAUUUUUAAUAGUCAUUAAAGACUUCUAUCUUGUAUUAUAAAACCGCGACAGAAGUUUAUUUCAUCUUACCUGCCCAUUCCUGACGAUAAUAAGACAGAAUUGAUUUAAAACUUUUUCAGCAUGAUGCGUUCAAACACGUUUUAUUUCUCACUGAAUAUUCCUUGAUAUGAGUACAGAUAAAUUAUACUAUAGAGCUAAUUGCUAUACAUGUAGCACGCCGUUUUUGGCACUAGAUUGAUGUUGCAAUUGAUUGGCAAUAACCGUAACCGAUUUUGAUCACUAUUAAAAGCCGAUUUUUGAAGCGGGACUAAGGAUGGCCGUAUUGUGUCAAGAGUAAGGCACGUAUCAUGUCUAGUUACGCUAAAAUAAAUCAAAAUUUUUUUGAUAGAUAUUCAGAAGUACGUUAUUAUGAGAAAGUCUUGAGUGCGGGUGUUUUCUCUUUUCAACUACAACUAAAACUUGACAAUACAAACUAUUACAUGAUUGUUAAUCUAUAGCUUACACAUAAAUUACAUCUACUCUCAAGUUUAAGCAUCGGAUGUUCGCCCAUUAUUCAUGAACCUUUAAUUAGUUCCUUCAAAUUUAUUCAAUAAAAUUUGAAAUAUUUACAAAUAAUUUUAUAAUUUAUAUGUGUACGAUAGGUGAAAACAAAUUAAAUUCAAUACUCUCAACCUUAUAUUUAAAAAUGUUAAGACGCGUGUGAAAAUUUAGAAUAUCAAUAAUACAGCUAUUUUAAGCCGUUGAAAUAUAUAUAUAUAUAGUUGUUUUCAAUUAAGUACAAAACAGUUUUUAGUACUUUUUAUCUUUCUAAGUCCUACGAUACGAAGCACGGUAGAUACAUUUCGGUUAUUCUUAUUUUGUACCAGAAAAAACGAUCGGUGACUUCACGUAAUUCUUUAUGAAAUCACCUAAUCAAACCCCUGCCACAUUAAAUGAUAAGUAAAUAAAACUAAUAUUGGCAUUGUUGCAUCUAGCAGCAACAUAGGAAUCAGGCUCUCGAAACCAAACCGUGUAAUAUGUAAAUGAUGCACAUGUAUAACUAUCGAUUUAUUUGAUCUAUCAAAGAUUGAACGUAUUAAGACUUACUUUGAUUAAGUCUUCUCCUUUUCAUGCUUGAAGCAGAGAGCCAGAAUGCCUGAUGUUAGUAAUUAAAUUGCUAAUAUGUACAAGGGAAAUAUAAUACGAACAAUAUUUUAUGAUUAUGUGUAACUAGCAGUACUAUGACUACAUUGAUUAAUUUUCAAUGUAACGCAGCUCCCACUAUUCAUUCAAGUCUUUCAAAACUUUGGCUUCCUGGGUGACAUUCAAGAGUUAUAAAAAUAAAGUGUUUCUUCAUUUCAACAACUAAUACUUGACAUUCAACUGAUUCUUUCUCAACACCCUGUUUGUCACACAUAUAACUUAUUUACGUUACGCAUAAUCGCUAAGAUAUUGUUUCUACAGAAACGAAAACAUACUGA